AGGGGAAAUGGAAUGGUGGGUCCACUUGCCACGUAAUAUCCAAAACAGUUUCCAACGACAGAGCGGCGUUCCAGAGUAAAAUCAAAGCAUCCAAAUUCCCGUGACCGAUUCCCAAUGCAGACGACCCUUUCCGUAACCGAAUCCGCUUUGCCCAUCUCUUUCCAUUUCUAUCCCUUCUUCUUCCUCUCUUGUCUCUCUCUCUCUGACUCUCCGACUUCCACCAACACCUGACCGUACCAUAUCUCUCCGGCCAUGGCCGCUGCUACUCACUUGCGCCGCCUCGGCGCAGCUGCCGCCGUCGCUACCGCGUGCAGCGGCGCCUUGCUUUUCCACCCGCCGUCUCUCUCUGUAAGCGAUCGGGGAGGCGGUUCGGCCUUGGCCACCGUCCGGCAGAAAAUCCACGACCUUGACGCUGUUGUCCCGUCGCGGGCCGUCCAGCAGUCUGCUUUGAUUGGCGCCAGCUCGGUCAAUCCGCUCGAUAUUCUGGUGGUCGGUGGUGGUGCCACCGGAUGCGGUGUCGCACUGGAUGCCGUUACUCGAGGCCUCCGAGUUGGGCUUGUCGAGCGAGAGGAUUUCUCUUCCGGAACGUCGUCACGCUCCACUAAGUUAAUUCACGGAGGAGUUCGCUACUUGGAGAAAGCCGUGUUUAAUCUAGACUAUGGGCAGCUGAAGUUGGUAUUUCAUGCACUGGAGGAGCGUAAGCAGCUUAUUGAUAAUGCACAGCACCUCUGUCAUGCUUUGCCUUGCAUGACUCCCUGUUUUGACUGGUUUGAGGUUGUAUACUACUGGGUGGGAUUGAAACUUUACGAUUUGGUUGCGGGAGCACGGUUGUUGCAUUUGUCCAGGUAUUAUUCUGCGCAAGAGUCUGUUGAACUCUUCCCCACUCUUGCAAGGAAGGGCAAAGAUAGGAGCUUGAAGGGAACGGUUGUGUAUUAUGAUGGACAGAUGAAUGACGCCAGGCUUAAUGUUGGGUUGGCCUGCACUGCUGCAUUAGCGGGUGCAGCGGUGCUUAACCAUGCGGAAGUUGUAGAUUUUUUGAAGGAUGAGAGUGGUAACAGGAUAAUUGGUGCAAGAAUCAGAGAUAAUUUAUCAGGUAAAGAGUUUGAUACAUAUGCAAAAGUUGUUGUUAAUGCUGCUGGGCCAUUUUGUGAUUCUGUAAGAAAAUUGGCUGACAAAAAUGCACGGCCUAUGAUCUCUCCGAGCAGUGGCGUACAUAUUAUUCUUCCUGAUUAUUAUUCACCUGAGGGAAUGGGUUUAAUUGUCCCAAAAACUAAGGAUGGGCGUGUUGUUUUCAUGCUACCUUGGUUGGGACGAACUGUUGCUGGCACAACAGAUUCCAGCACGACUAUUACUCUGCUUCCUGAACCACAUGAGGAUGAGAUUCAGUUUAUACUGGAUGCCAUAUGUGAUUACCUCAAUGUUAAGGUAAGGCGCUCUGAUGUACUUUCUGCUUGGAGUGGUAUUCGCCCUUUGGCAGUGGAUCCAAGUGCAAAAAGUACCGAGAGCAUCUCCAGGGAUCAUGUUGUAUGUGAAGAUUACCCUGGUUUGGUUACAAUCACGGGUGGAAAAUGGACUACCUACCGUAGUAUGGCAGAAGAUGCUGUAAAUGCAGCGAUAAAGUCUGGAAAACUGAGUCCCUCAAAUGAAUGUUUGACUAACAAUCUGCCGCUUGUUGGUGGAGAUGGAUGGGACCCUGCAUCUUUUACUGCUCUUGCACAGCAAUAUGUGCGUAUGAAGAAGAGUUAUGGGGGUAAAGUUGUUCCUGGAGUAAUGGACACAGCUGCAGCAAAGCAUUUGUCUCAUGCAUAUGGUACUUUGGCUGAACGGGUUGCUGCCAUCGCUCAGAAUGAAAGUAUGGGAAAGCGACUAGCUCAUGGAUACCCCUUUUUGGAGGCUGAGGUUGCCUACUGUGCUCGGCAUGAGUACUGUGAAUCUGCUGUUGAUUUCAUUGCUAGGAGAUCUCGACUUGCUUUCCUUGACACUGAUGCAGCUGGGCGGGCACUGCCUCGCAUAAUUGAAAUAUUGGCUGCUGAACACAAAUGGGAUAAGUCAAGGAAGAAUCAAGAGCUGGAGAUGGCUAAACAAUUUUUGGAGACGUUCAAGUCCUCUAAAAAUGCUCAAUUUCAUGAUGGAAAACACAAAUAGGUCAUGAAUUAGAGUAAGAUUGACUUUAUAAGGAGCUUGAAUUUUUCACAGAUUUCAUUGUUUGACAACGAUAUCUAGCUUUAUUUUUGGUGUAUGGAAGAGCGAAUUGCUCUUUCCCACACUUUUGUGGUCACAAGAUGAUUCGGCAAAUUGAUGGGGCCGUUAUGUAUGCCACAACAUGUGAUUAUAGUUUGUACACAAGGAACUCUUCUUUUGUCCUUGUAUGUUACGUGUAGCUACCAAAAUAAUGUUAUAUUUCAAGCUUUCAACAUGCGAAUUCUGUAUGUUUCAAUUGGUGAGAAAUGAAGACAAGAAAGGCAGGUUAUGUAUUCAA